AGACAUCCAUCUCCGCCCACCACCACCACCACCACCGGCAGUCUAUGAUGGUGCGGCGGGUAUCUAUGAUUUUAUCACGAAGCGUAUCCUGUGCCACACGAUAUGCCGGAACUUAUUGCUAUAUACAUAGAAAGAUAUACACAUGCAGUUGGCGAUAAUACUUCGCCCUUGUUCGGUUACACUCUGUCACGCGCUGAUGUGCAUGUCGAUACCACGCGAAGGCGCAAGGCUUCGGGGCCGCCCGUAUUCGAUCCCGUCCAUGAGACGCUGUGCAGAAUAUGACCAAGUACCUUUCUACGUACUGACUCUAUUUGCAUCUGGAGUUUGUCCCCGCCACGAUUCGGUUCACUCGGCACGCUCCAUCUGGGCACUUUGCUUCUACCUACCGGUAAAGAGUACUCUGCCUACUCUAGCCGUCCUGAGCCCUUCUUCAACUUCCCCAGCUCCAACCAGCAACCGCAUCCGACUUCUGCAGGGGCAGACGGCUGAACACUCUUCGGCCUCGCUGGACUCUGGAGCGCAUUGAUCAGCAAGCGGCGCACGCGAACCAGCCAUCCCGGCCAGUCGUGACUACACUUUACUUUUGUGGGAUCCUGCUGCCGCCAUGCCAGCACGUCUCUUGCGAUCAGCUUCCAACCCCUCCAGACGUCCUACCGACACCAUGGACAACAGCAGCAAGACGA